CUAAGUAUCCUGUUUGGUUUCCUAAUCUGUGAUUAUUCAGGAAAUAUAAGAUGGUUUGGAUAUUUUUUUUCUUCUUACAGGGCGUCCCUUGAAAGAUAGUGCUCUGAUUAAGCAGGCACUGAAACUCCUUUACAGCAACACGUCACUCUACAGGAAUCCUAAAUGCUGGAGUACCCUCGUUAUGAUCUUGGGCAGUAGCAAUUUUCUGGGAAAAAGAGGGCACCUACGUCCCGUAUUCCUGAGAGAGCCACCACUUGACUUCCAAAAGGGGGUGCUUGCUGCCAGUUGUGGCCCUUUGAAGGAACUGAAGGCAAAAAUUAACGUUUCUUUACCACCUUCUAUUUUCUCUCCUGAUUUACACCAAGAGGCUUGUCUUAUUGUCGCGGUACAAGCAAUACAACAGAUGGUUUUUUGUGAUCUUCCAUACUUGACUUCCUUCUUAGAGAUAGCCCUGGCUUUUGGGAGUAACUUUUGGGCUUUGAGGCUGUUAUUGGACCAUCUUUCCUGUGAUGAAAACGUUCUCGAUGGCACUGUCAACCUGAUGUUGAGAGAUCUACAUUGUCAGAAAGCAACAAUGCUAAAGCUGUGGCAAAACCUUGGUCCCCUGUAUGUGGGUGAAUUCCUUUGCCUGUUCCUGACUUGCAGACAUCAGAAGAUGCAAUCCGUUGGCCUCUUGAGUCUGAGUAUUAUCACAGAGAAUCUGCAUGUGUGUCCUUGGGCAAAGCAUCUUUGCAACUUCUUUCACAAUGCACGACUGAAGAACCUGCCCCUUGGCGCUGCAGCUCAUCACGAAAUCUCGAAGUUCACGAGCCUGUUUGAGAAAGAAUAA